CUUACGUUUUUGUCUGUGACUGGAUAUUUACAACCGCCUUAAUGGGGUGGAACUAAAAAUAAGCCCACAAAUUCCCCACAAGGUGGAGUCUGACCAGAAGUGCCUUGAAUUUCUCACCCUGCCAUCUGGUCUAGAAGAUUGUAAGGAACUCUUAAGAGCUUUGGUGUGUGUGUGUGUGUUUAAAGGACACCAAGAGCUGUGAACAACCCCAUCGGAUUGCCGAGAACAACUUGUAAUGGAUCCUUUACCUCAUGAGUUACCAGCUGACACAGUGCGACGCGUGGCGUCUGAACUUCGAUGUCUCCCUACCGAUGAGAGGGUUGCCCUUCGUCUCGAUGAGGAAGAUAAGCUGAGGCACUUCAGGGAAUAUUUUCAUAUUCCCAAAAUGCAGGACCUCCCUCCAAUUGAUUUAUCAUUAGUGAAUAAGGAUGAAAAUGCCGUCUAUUUAUUGGGAAAUUCUCUUGGCCUUCAACCAAAAACGGUUAAAACGUAUCUGGAAGAAGAACUAGAUAAGUGGGCCAAAAUGGGAGCCUAUGGUCAUGAAAUAGGGAAACGUCCUUGGAUCACAGGAGACGAGACUAUUGCAGGUCUUAUGACUGACAUUGUGGGAGCCAAUGAGAAAGAAAUAGUCCUAAUGAAUGCUUUGACUGUUAAUUUGCAUCUUCUACUGUUAUCGUUUUUUAAGCCGACACCAAAACGGUACAAAAUUCUUCUUGAAGCCAAAGCCUUCCCUUCAGAUCAUUAUGCUAUUGAAUCACAACUUCAACUUCAUGGACUCAACAUUGAGAAAAGUAUGCGGAUUGUAAAGCCAAGAGAGGGGGAAGAAACCUUGAGAACAGAAGAUAUCCUUGAAGUAAUUGAGAAGGAAGGAGACUCGAUUGCAGUGAUCCUGUUUAGUGGGAUGCAUUAUUACACUGGACAGCACUUCAAUAUGCCCGCCAUCACAAAAGCCGGACAAGCAAAGGGUUGUUUUGUUGGCUUUGAUCUAGCACAUGCAGUUGGAAAUGUUGAACUCCACUUACAUGACUGGGGAGUUGACUUUGCCUGCUGGUGCUCCUAUAAGUAUUUAAAUUCAGGAGCUGGAGGUCUCGCUGGUGCCUUUGUCCAUGAAAAGCAUGCCCAUACAAUUAAACCUGCGUUAUUGGGAUGGUUUGGUCAUGAACUCAGCACCAGAUUUAAAAUGGAUAACAAAUUGCAGUUAAUCCCUGGAGCCAAUGGAUUUAGAAUUUCAAAUCCUCCCAUGUUGUUGGUCUGUUCUUUACAGGCUAGUUUGGAGAUCUUUAAGAAAGCAACCAUGAAAGCAUUGAGAAGGAAGUCUGUUUUGCUCACGGGUUACCUGGAAUUCCUGCUCAAGCACUACUAUGGCAAAGACAAAGCAGAAACCAAGACACCCGUGGUGAACAUCAUCACUCCCUCCCGCGUAGAGGAACGUGGCUGCCAGCUAACACUAACAUUUUCCGUCCCAAUAAAGUCUGUAUAUCAAGAACUAGAAAAAAGAGGAGUGGUUUGUGACAAGCGGGAACCCAAUGGCAUCCGGGUGGCUCCAGUUCCUCUCUACAAUUCUUUCCACGAUGUUUAUAGAUUUAUCAACCUGCUCAAUUCUGCACUUGAGGCUGCAGAAAGAAAAGAUAAUGGUGUUUAGAACAAAGUAAGCGAAUAAUUCUGAAAGCUGCUAUGAUUAUUUUAUUUUCAUUCAUGUUUUAAUCUUUGGAAAUGUUAAAAAUAAAAACAAAAACAACCUACACUAAUCACACCUAAGUGGCAAUGAAUUGCAUACUUUACAAAAAAAUCUGGUAUAAUUCUUUUAAGAGUUAACGUUCUUGAGGAAUCUAAAUGUCUGUCCAAUUUCUUGGUGUUUUGUGAAUCAAGGUUUUCAUUGGUCUUGGUUAGCUGUUACAGUUCAGGAUCAGUGAAAUAUUGUUACUGGUUUAAUUUCUUAUUGACUGACAAUGUCAUAAUAUGUAUUAAAUUUUUGUUUCAAUUUUCUAAAUAUCACUUUUGCUUAAAUUUCCCAAAGACUUUCUUAUAAGCACUAUAGUUGAAUCAUCUGAUAUAUGUAUGAUUUUGGAAUAUUCUAUCCAGCUCUGAUUUAAGGAACAGAAAGUAAAACAUUUUCUAGAGCAGUGGCCUUGAAAUAUUUUUGGCCACAAUCCACACUAAGAAAUAUAUCUAAAAACAGAGACCUAUAUUUAUGUGUGGAUAGGCUUUGUUUUAAUACACAAUUUUUAACAAUAUUUUAAUGUCUGUGAAAGAAAAGUCUAUCAAUUUUCAAUCAACUGCUUCUUACAAUUGCCACUGGCCAUUCUUUCCCAUUACUAUCCCUGACAUCAGCAUGCUUCUCAAGACGAAUAGAUAGCACCUUACAUUGAAUUACAAGUGGUAUAUAUAGUAAAAACCAAAGGUUCAUAAAUUAUUUACCUGUGCUCUGAUAUUUAUUUUUCUAUCUUAUUACAACAAAUGUUGGUUGAAACUUGUUAAAUUGAUUUUUCUACCCAUUCUUGGGCCCUUGUUGAUACCAUAAUCACUAUUCAUGGAUUUGACAAACUUCUACAUUUAUAUAUAUUCUCAUCAAGAAAGAGUGACUAUGACAUAAUUAUUUCCAUAUUGAAACAAAUUUUAAUGAAAUUAAUGUGGACAACCAUUUGGAUGUUAGAGUUCAAUAAAAAGAUGCAGAAUUCCAACAACA